GCCGCAGGGUGUGAAAGAGCCGCCUGGGCCCGGACUGGUAAUCGCAACCGCAGAGCCACCGCUCGCGCCGCUUUCGGGCAGCUGCGAACUGCCGAGCUGCUGGGCGCCACCGCGGCCGCCCGGAGCGAGCGCCGGGGAGGGAGCAGCGCGCCUUUGUGCGCGCGCUGAGACAGCCCAUUUGAGGAUACCCACAUUAAGGACACGUAUCUCAUUCCCCGAAAUAUCAUGGCCGAGCCAGACUAUAUAGAAGAUGACAAUCCUGAACUAAUUAGGCCUCAGAAACUAGUCAAUCCUGUCAAAACAUCCCGCAACCAUCAAGAUCUUCACAGAGAACUUCUUAUGAAUCAAAAAAGGGGUCUUGCCCCUCAGAAUAAGCCAGAGCUGCAGAAAGUGAUGGAAAAGAGGAAACGAGAUCAAGUAAUAAAACAGAAGGAAGAGGAGGCACAAAAGAAAAAAUCUGACUUGGAAAUAGAACUGUUGAAACGGCAGCAGAAGUUGGAACAGCUUGAAGUUGAGAAGCAGAAAUUGCAAGAAGAGCAAGAAAAUGCCCCAGAAUUUGUGAAGGUUAAAGGCAAUCUCAGGAGAACAGGCCAAGAAGUGGUCCAAGCGCAGGAGUCGUAAACCCAGCCCAUCACACCCAAGCUGUGCGCAGGUGCCUGCUCAGCAGUUCAUCUCAGGGCGAGAAACCCCUGGAGAGAAUCCCAGCCAGCAGAGAAUUGCUACGUUAAAAAGGAUUUGGUUUAGGUUUUCCUACAAUCUAGGUGGAUUAAUUACCUGUGACAGUUGCAGUUCCUAUUCGCCGAACGAGGAUGUUGACCAGCACUUAAGUUGGGAUCACAGACUGUUGUUCAAAGACUUAAAAAAAAAACCACAGUAACAAAGGAAGAGGACACUGGAAUAAAUUUUUGAGAGUUGCACUGCUUAUCUUUUCUUCCAAUCUAAGUUUAGUGGGGCACAGAGCCUUUUUUCUUUUAAAACUUAAAGAAAAUAUGUUUUAUUCUUCCUUUAGUUAUGUUAGACAAUUUAGAUCGCAUAGAAAUAAAUGCAUUUGAUCUGUUACUUCCAAUAUUCGUAGAUUCUGUUUUCAGAAUCUGAAAUUUCCUUCUCCAUACUUUCACCCAAGUUAGAAUUAACACCUGAGAAUGUUAAUGUUGAUAUUGAGCACAGCUACUUUGUUAGCAUGAAGAUUCAGAAACAGAGUGAGAAGGUUUAAAAAUACGUUAAAAAAUAUAUGUAAACAUCCAUCUUGAUCUUAUUUUAGCUCCUUAUGGUUCUCCAAUGCUAGCAUGCACCAUGGUAACAUUGUAGUUCAGAGAAGGCACAUCAUAUAAAUCCAUUUAUUGCUUUGAUAACUGUUAGGGUUUUUGUUUUGUUUUUCAAACAAGCUAAACUAGUCCUUUAUACAAAAUAAUCAUUCUAUCGUUCAGAGAAUAAACGCUAUCCAUAUAACAAACUUCCUUGUCAGAAUAAAGGGUCCAAAUAAUUUGAUUUCUUCCGAGAGCAGUGUGAGGAAAGCUCUGAUUGGGGAGCUAGGCAAGGAGUUCUUUGGGUGUUUUAAUGUGAAACAAAUGUAGAUUGGUCUGAAGGAGACCUAGCUGGAAGAUUUAUAGCAUUUGUACAUUUUGAAUAUUAUUAGAAUCCAAGCUUUGAAGAUUUCUGAUUAAUGAUUACAUAUUACUUUGCCUUUGUUUUUCUUGUGAAGAGAGACUGUUUCUCCACUGUCUUGGUGAUGAUGGUGCCGUUGGCGAUGGUGACACUGAUGACUCCUGGGCUGUGUCUCAGGAACAGCUGAAGUGAAGGGAGGGGCUGCUCAGUGUCUGCAUGCUGGCUGGCGUGCACUUCUACGUGAAGUUUGAAUUAUGAAUAACAGCAAAAUUCUUACCCAAAAUCCAUUUUAUACUGCUGGGAUAGGUGGGGGUACAUUCUACUUGGGUGACUGGAAGAAUUUGUGUGGAUUAUAUUCUCCAGGGAGACAAUUCAGCCAGUCAUUUCUACAUUGCAGACUUCUUACACUUCCACUAAAGGCUAAUAGAGAACUGGAUCCCAAACUUUUAGAUCCUUAAUAAACAUAGUAGAAAUCAGCUUUCUAUGGGAAUGCUGUAGUUUUAUUCAAUAGCAAUUGACAGGCUCACAUUUCAUCCUAAGGUGCACAGGAUCAAAGUAAAUGCAAAGAUAACACUACUAGUUAGACAUGUCGAUUACACCUGAAAUGGAUUACUUCUUUCAUCAGUAAGUAUUAUUUGAAUAAGAUAUGGAUGCUUACAGUAAAAUGAUACUCUAUAAUAGUCUGCCUUUGAAGGAUGGAAUGAUAACUAUUUUGUUCCAUGAUUCUUCCUUUUGAAGAAAGCGUGUUAACUGAUCAUCUUAAAAGUACAUAUCUGAUUGCACAUUGACUAGAGUUCUUUCUUUGUGUAUAUGUACUAAUGAUGUGACUUGUGAAGUGAAGAUUCAGGACUGGCUCAUAGCCUUUUACCUAACCUGAUGGUAAAUCUUAAAUCCUAUGUCCUUGAAGCAACUGCCACUUGGUAGAAUUCCCAAGGGCCCUGACAGGUUCCUUUAGAAGGACCAGUUCUGCUCCUAGAACUUACCUAGAAUUUAUUCUUCACUGGGAAAAAAAGUAAAUGACAAAAGCAUUUCCCUCCCAAUCUCACUCACAAAUCUGCAAAAUUAAUGUGUAGUUAGUAGUACAAGGUCUGGCCAGAAGAAGACGUGUAAAUAGCAUGAGGUGAUGUCUUACAGCCAGACAGUGGGAUGUAUAGGUAGUGAGGCUCUUAAGGGUUCAUAAGCCUGAGUUUCAAAAGGCAUCAGUCUCCCCCACACUUUAAUACUGUGCAGUCCAAACCCCUAGGACUCAUGAAUUUCUGAGCAAUUUUGUGCUUUGAGCCACUUUUUGACAAAAAUGGCUCCAUUUUUCCACUUUGUGGUUUUCUUAAAAUAGUUCAGUGUUUUAUAGUCUCCUGGUAGUAAAGUAAUGUUGCAUUCUAAGCUAUAACAGUUGACUUUAUUCUUCUACUCUGAAAAAUCUUGACUUGUGUGAGUGUAUAUAAUAUAUAUAAAGGGAGCCUUAAUGGAUUUGUUUUCAUAAUUUAAUAUUUUUUGUAUUUGCUCUUGUAUAAUUGUUUUUAAUGGAAAGUAUUACAGAAUUGAGGGUGGAAUUCCUAGAACCAAAGUUAUUCUUAAUAAAAAUCACCACAUGCUUGGACCUUG